UAUAUGGGUUGUGUCUACAGGAUCUAUCCACUAGGCGACACUUGAUUUCUGAGACACAACACUCACAAAAGCAAUGAGCGAGGCUCCCACCGCUUCCCGUACAGCUUGAAGGCGCAGGCGGAGUUUAACGUCACUUCCGGGGUCAGCCAAGCGCUAUGGCCGCUAACGCGGAGCCGAGGCAGCAGCCAGGAGUUGGGGUCGGCGUGGUGGUGCUGAGCUGCGAGCAUCCCCGCUGCGUCCUUCUUGGGAAAAGGAAAGGGUCGUUUGGAGCCGGCAGUUUCCAGCUUCCUGGGGGCCAUUUGGAAUUCGGUGAGACCUGGGAAGAAUGCGCUCAGAGGGAAACCUGGGAAGAGGCUGGGCUUCGCCUGAAAAAUGUGCGCUUUGCCUCAGUGGUAAAUUCUUUUAUUGAGAAAGAGAAUUACCAUUAUGUCACCAUAUUGAUGAAAGGAGAGGUGGACAUGACUCAUGAUUCGGAGCCAAGGAAUAUGGAACCUGAAAAGAAUGAAAGUUGGGAGUGGAUUCCUUGGGAAGAAUUUCCUCCCUUAGAUCAGCUUUUCUGGGCUCUCCGUUGUCUAAAAGAGCAAGGUUAUGAUCCAUUUAAAGAGGACCUGAACCACCUGGAAGGAUACCGAGGACAGCACCUUGAAAGGACCAAGAAGAUUCCUUGAUUUAAAAAAAAACAAAAAACAGUAAAUGAAAAUUUCUGUUUCAGGACAACUCAGCUUUAUCCAUGUGGUCACCAGUGUAUUUGAGUCCCCUGAUGUAAUUCAAGAACCUUAAGAAACCUUUCCUGGGAUGUGCUGCUGAAUUGUCCUGGAGACUUAGAAUAAGAACUCUGCAGCACUGGAGUCUGUGCAUCCCGCACCUUUCUCAGUCAGAGUCGCUACUGCUGCUUGAAGAAUCUGUAGACAUCACCUCAACGUCAUCUUCGUUUUCUUUGUUGUGCCCAGGAGGUUCCAACAGGAAGUCACUGCUGUGGUUUGGUGGCAGCAUGUUCACAGACAUGUCAUUAGACUGCCAUGGGUACUGUGGAGCAAGGACAUCUGGGGAGAAGCAGCACAUGGGAUUAGUUCUACUUGUGAUCAACCUACAAUCCCCUCCCUUUAUGCAAGUAUCUUGAUUCUAUCUACCCACCCGCCUGCCUGUAGUACCAAAGAUCUAACAAGGUUAGGGAUUCGCAAUGCUAAACACAAAAAAGCAAAUUCCCAAAUCCACACUUUAACACAGAAGUGAUAACUAAAAUUGGCUUCAGAAAGCAUAUCCCCACGUAUGUCCUCUCCUUAGAAAGGUUCUUUCACAUUAAAACACAGCACCUAUAAAAUGUGCUUAAUUUUACUUGGGAAGCAUGCCUCACAACUGCAAAAAUGCUCUUCAGAGUGGUCAUGAUAGGGAAGGCCAGGCCUGGGGAAAGUGGCAGAAGAUAGAUGCACAUAAGGGACACAGGGGCUUAGGUCAGUGUCCUAUGUACCCCUGCAGGGCCUUUAGAUGAAGAAAGCACAGAAGAAUAAACUGGCAGGGAACCUGCGUAACAGACCUUGAUGUCCACUGCUAGACAGUGCCUCACAGGCACCUCUGAAAACCCUUGGUCUGCUUGAAAACACCCAUCCAGCUGGCAUUACCUGGCAGUCUACCUGCUGCGAGAGCAUCCCCUGGGAGGUGACCAUUCACACCACUGGUGGAAGGAUUGUUCAUCUGACCCAGCAAUCCACUUCUCAUCUCUAAAUCAGUUGGGUAUGGCCUCCGAGGGUCUCCUAAAACAAUAAAGACAGCUUUUAACUCAA